AUGUGCUCCGAACUCCCCGCGCUCAAUUAUUUUGGCUCCGACACUUUCUACUCCUCAACGCUACAUGUUCUCACAGCAAUCGAGAUUCCUAUUCACAUUUUUGGGGCUUAUAUCAUCAUCACGAAGACCCCGAGCAAAAUGCAAUCCGUCAAGCGUGGCCUGCUCUUUCUCCACUUUGCCGGAGCAAUUCUAGACGUCUACUAUAGUUUGAUAGCCGCUCCGGUCCUGACGCUCCCGAUUUGCGCGGGGUACCCACUAGGAAUAUCCCUGCUUCUGGGGAUCCCAACAAGUGUCCAGGUUUACCUGGGUAUCUCGUUUGUUGGGGUCAUCGGUGUGACUAUUAUGUUAUUCUUUGAAGAUCGAUAUCACCGCCUUGUCAACGGGCACAGGAAUGAUGGAGAAUGGUGUUGGUGGAGGAUUUUGUAUUUGGUUAUACAUUACGUUUUGUCUGUAACGUAUAUUGCUCCGGGAUUUUUUAAUAUUGUGGAUCAGGACUUUGCAAAGUCGUUUGUGAAAAUUAAAAUCCCAUGCAUCCCCGACGAGAUCCUGCAUCGCCCCGGAUACUUUGUCCUAGCCGUGGACAACACAAUCCCCAAGUAUUGCAUAGCCUUCAUGCUAACUCUAGUCAUGUCCCAAGUGUUUUUCUACGUCGGAGCCAUCUUCUGGCACCUUUUCCACACAGUUGCUCAGUCCCAGGCUACAAAUCGCCUGCAAAAACAUUUUUUCCUGGCGAUCUGUGUUCAGGUGUUCAUUCCAAUUUUACUGAUAACUUUUCCAGUGCUUUAUAUUGUUUUGGCAAUUUGGUUUGGGUAUUAUAAUCAGGCCGCUACCAACAUUGCUCUUUUGGCUAUCCCAUUCCAUGGAGUUUUGUCGACAAUUUCGAUGCUCUGUGUGCAUCGGCCGUAUCGAGAAGCUACUUUUGGAAUGUUUUAUAAUAAAGGGGACACCUCACGGCCAAUUUGGAUGACAGUACAUGGGACAUCGAUACAUUAGAAUUUAUUGUACAUAUAAUUAAUUUACUAUACAUAAAGCGCAGUGUAGUU